UACAGUGAGUCUAACGUCUUACUGACGUUAAUUUGAAAAUCGGAAGAUCCAAAAUACUGAAACAAAAGAAUAACAAUAAUAAAAACAGUGAUAACGAUAAAAUAUUUAUCUUGCUUUUAAGAUAGCACGGUUUAAGGUAUAACAGGACAGAAAACCAGUGUUAUAAAUGUGCAAAAGUGUAUCGACAGGAAAUCCUGCAGGAAAUGAGUGGAACUUGCGGUUUCCAAUCUCGAUGACUAAUGUUUAAUCUAAUAUUUUCACUUAAGCAUAGCCAUGGGAACGACGUACAAAGAGUGUUUUAAAUUAUACGACUUAAUUCAGAACGGCAAGUUCAGUUCAGUGAAGCAUUUCAUAUCUAAAAAUACAACUAACAUCAAUGUGGUGCUGCCAUGCAAAGGGAUUGGAGUGCUGCAUCUUGCUGUUGGUAUUGAGCCUUUAGAAAAAUCAAAAGAAUGCACUGAAUUACUCCUGAAGAAUGGAGGUGAUCCUAAUCUUUGUAAUGACGACGGUGUAACUCCGGUACACAUAGCGGCGAUAUGGGGCCGCGUCGACAACCUGAAACUCUUGCUCGGCUGCGGAGGAGAUCCCUACGUACGGGACCUAGACGGGCUGACUGCCUUUGACUACGCUGCCAGAGAACAGCAGUGGAAUGUAUUUGACUACCUACAGAAUGUAGUGGACGAAUCCAAUGACGUGAGCACUGGUUGCGGGUACACUAUGGACUUGGAACGAAUUCUGGUUACGACAGACAAUAUGGUGGCUGAAUACGAACCGAUAACUGACGAACAAAUGCAAAACAAGACGUACAGAAAAUCCGACAUGAUCCGUCAGUGGUUCGACGAUAACAGUUUGGUUAUAAACAAACUGUACCCGACUAUAUUAGGCGAAACGUACCUCAUAGACGACUUCCAAAGUAUCACGUUGGACCUGACCGAAUCGCACGACACGAACAAUACGUUCAGGACUUGCCGAUCGAAUGGGGACGUGGAAAUAAGCGGCGUUAAACCUCUAGAUUGUACCGUUGACAAAACAGGAGAUCCCAGGAAGCAGAGGUUGAGCGUUUUCGAAAACUUCUCGCUCCCCGGAUCCCCAAACAACAUAACGCAUAUGAAUUACAAUACGAAAUCGUCUUUAAAGAAAUCAAAAACGAUCGAAACAAAAGAGAUUCCGAGAGAUGACCGCGAACUCGAUAAAGCUAUGGCGGUCGUACAGAAUCGGACAAACGAAUUUCUGUCUUCGACUAAUGUAGAUAGAGUAUGUAAUACAAGGAGAUCGUCUAACAGCAGCGGAGUGAGCAGUAAUUAUUCUGGUGGCAGCAUUACUAUAGCUAGUUUCCACGAGGAAUAUAAGUAUGAGGAUAAAGAAGAAGAUAUAGUGCUCGUUGAGAAGAGACUGCGAGUUUCGCCUAUUGUCUUACCCCUGGAAGAGACAGUGGAAUCGAUUGACCAAACAGCAGUUUCGGUGGCAUCUUCCCUACCGACCACGGUACAGUACGAUAAUAACACUCUGAGAGCGGAACUGUUGAAGUUAGGCUUCUCGCCGGGUCCCAUACAGGAUUCAACAAGGACUCUUUAUCUAAAGAAAUUGCAAGCCUUGAAGAAAACCCCAGUGGUCGUGAACAGCCAGGGCAAAACGUACAGUGUAGAAUUAGAAAAAUCUCUACGUAACGCUGAUUGGAUGCUGAAUCUCCAACAGUAUGUUGAGUUGGAAAGCAAAGCGCGCGCCGAUUUCGCCAAUCCCAAUAAAAAAUGGCGAGAAGGCACGGCGAAGACUUCAUUCACGUAUCUUCUCUUGGAUCCGCGACUCACGCACAAUCUCCCGGAGAGAGCCAGCAAACAAAACCAACAUGUCUCUUGGGUCACUUUUGUAAACUCCAUAUUUUACGUCGGGAAAGGUAAACGUUCUCGGCCCUAUUCUCACCUAUACCAAGCGCUGACCCUGUGGAAGCGCGACUUCAAAACGUCUAAAGACAAGAAAGUUCAGCAAAUCCUCGACAUAUGGUCGGAUAAGGUGGGCGUAGUUUGUCUUCACAUAUUUCAGAACGUCAUACCGGCCGAAGCGUACACGUACGAAGCGGCCAUGAUCGAUGUGCUCGGAAUAAAUAAUAUUAAGAAUUUGAAGGCUGGCAACUAUUACGGUGUUGCCGCCUCGUGGCCGUUGAAAGAGAGAAGGCUGCUCGGUUUGUACUUAUUGUACAAGGCCAUGCUGAUCUUCCUUAGCGAGGGCGAAAGACAAUUAAGGCCUGAUGAUAUAGACUGAAAUAUUUAUUUAUUAUAUUAUGUAUGUAAUAAAUUUUUUUUUAUAAACUGACAUGUCAUAAAGAAGAAAAUAUCCAUUCGCGGAAACAAAACGAAACUAACCAAAAUUUCACAAUCUAGGUGAGGUCGGUAAAUGCCGCCACACACCUUGAGAUAUGGGUUCUAAGGUCUCAAUAUAUUUUGUUACGCCUUAGUUGGAAACGCCUUACUGCUUCACGGCAGAAAUAGGCAGGGUGGUGGUACCUACCCGCGUGGAUUCACAAGAGGUCCUACCACAAGCAAAAUUACAUGUGCUAGGUUUUAUAUUUGAAUUUUAAAAAAUAUAUAGUGACAAAGGUUGUAUAGCAAAAGAACGGGAUUACAAAAAAAAUCUACGUAUAUUUUAAAUGAUAUCCUAUUUCGUGGACGCGUAAUGUAUAGCAAACAAGAUUCGGAAUGAACACGAGAGAUAAUAGAGCACAGUCAAUUAAACGACCACGAUCAAGUACCCUGCACUUAUUAACUACUAACAAUAUUGCCUACAUUUAUAGUUUAAAAUAAAGAAACAAACGCUUUUAUAGUAAAUAGAUAAUAAUAGACCACAGUAAUAAAAUCUUUGUAUUGUCUUACUCCACUACAAUUCAUUGACACUUGAAUUUUUAUUUGCCAUAGGUUGCGGGUUCACAAAAUAAAAAAAAAACUAACUUUAUACUCAAGUUAAAGUAGUAACCUUUCAGAUUUUCAAAAUAGUUACAUUACGCUUAAAAAUAUCUAUACAGUAGCAAUCAAAAAUAAAUAUAAUAAUAUGUGUAUAUAUAUACAUUGGUUGUGAAGUGUUCUUGCGAAACUAGAAUGUAAAUAAUUUUUUAUUAAUUUGUACAUUAAGUACUUCUCAAACGAUUAUUUCUACGUGUCUACGUGCAUGUGUAUUUAUGUGAUUUGGCUUUGUUUUUUUUUUAUAUAUGUACCUAGUAAUGUAAAAUUUAGAUCUCUUAUUAAACCAAAUUAAAAUUUCGAAAUGCUACUUACAUUUUGAGCCCGUAAUAAUUGCUUACUUUUGGUUUUGAUUUUUUUUAGGGUGACUAUAUUUUUAUUAUAGAAAUUGUAUGUAGUUAGUUUAAUAUUUUUUUGCAAGCCUUGCAAUGUUACGUUUGUAACCAGCUUAAAAUGCGCUACUAUGUAUAUACAUACUAAGCUUAAAAAAUGUCCUAAUGUAUUAUUAUUUUUCGAAAACCUUGCAAUGAAUUUUAAUUGAAAGUUUUAACUAAAAAAAUGAAAUUACUUAACUUGACACAUCUUCGUAUAAUUAAGUACCUGGGCACUAACAUCAAUUUUAAAACUAAAUAAUACGACCAAAGACUUUAUUUCUAAGUAUUAACCCUUGACAAAAAUAAUAUAAUUAAAGUUUACCACGUCCUCAGUAUUGUCCACUAAUUCUAAGCUUUAACAUUUUGUAUUUUUCUAUUUAUUAAACGUGUUUUUUACUUUGUAAUUAUUCGAGUUAUUUAUGCACGUAUUCUAUUUUGUAUGCACUGUUUAAAAAUCUGAUUCUAUAUUUGAAGAAUAAGAAAAGAAUUAAAAUAAGUGCUUCCAUAAAUACGAAAUAUUGUGUAUGUUAAAAUUACAAUGUAGAUGAGUAGGUAUUCGUGAAAUUUGUGAAACAUUCUUUAUCAAAAUAUGUUCCUAUUUUUUGUAUCAUCACAAUUUUUUGUCGCAUUGUAUUUGUAAUUAAAAUCGCAUCGAAUUGGGAUUAGUUUACCGUUUUCGGGAAACAGCCUAUCAUUAUACCGAUCACGAUGUGUUUUACAUUUUAUUGUUCAUUAAUUUUUUUUAUACUAAACUGUCAUAGCUUCUGUGACGUCACGUGUUGCGAAAAAAAUCCUACUUCUAGAUACAUUUUAAGUUUUAAAAGUAAAAUUUAAGGAUAAAUAUGUUUCGUAAAACGUUGGCUGAUGGGCUCUGGCAAAUAUAUAUUUAUAUUUUAUGUAUUGACAAUAUGAAAUAAGUUUGUAUUUGUAAAUUGGAUUUAUUCAAACCAGUCAUAGAAUUUUUUUAUCAAGUUUUUCAUAAUACAUUUUUAGCCUUACUCUUAAUUAUGAAAGUAAAA